GCACAACACGAGGGUGUCACUCGCACAACACCACGAAGUACCCCGCGGCAAGUAGAAGUUUUUAGGAAAUCCGACUCGGCGCAACGUUUUUACCAUGCGACGUCACAUUCCUGCUAAGUUUAACACCACGAAGUACCCCGUAGCACGUAGAAGUUUUUAGGAAAUCCGACUCGGCGCAACGUUUUUACCAUGCGACGACAUCACACUCCUGCUAAGUUUUUAGUGGCAGCACCACCCCAACCGUGUAUAUAGGCUACAGCGUAGGGGCUCUAACACCCAUCAACGAUCCUCCGAAGAACAUGCCUGAAGCUUGGGAUGCGCCGACGGGAUUCGUAGCGCGUCUGACUUACAGGGCCAUCUAUCUUUGCGUCAUUGGUCAGGCAGAUCUCGCAAUAUUCUGGAGGGAAAUUGAUGAGCACGAUGAAUGGAUCAAUCUUCAUGCCUGUCACUGUGCCCUUUCGACUUCGGUGUUAACAUUGGUUAGCAUCAGUGCGAUCUUCCUUAAUCGUUCGCUGAUCCCUCUCAACAGUGUCUUUUGCUGAUUACACCGAUUCUAAAGUCUACGGUGUGUUCUCCUCUGCAUUUGUAAUGUCUCUGGCAGGCAUUGCAUUCCGGCUCCUAUUCUUUGGUAUCUUUCGCGAAGUACCAAGGCAGAAUCCCCCUGCGGACGAACUCUUGAAUUCCCGACGAGCUAUCCUCACCUACUUGCUCCGUUUCCGCUUUCCCCAUC